GAUAUCUCCAACCCCCCUAGUUGCUUCAGUAAACUCCACGGGGGCAAUUGGAGUUGAAAAGGGGCUUCUUCUCCGAAGGCAGCCAGGAGCAACACUCCUAAAAAGAAAAAUUAUUUUAGUGAUUUUGGGUAGAGGCAGAAAUGGCUGUGGUGCCCAUGUAGGCAGGUGUUGUAUUUACAUAGGCCCUGAGUUGAUUCUCCUCAAAUUACCUGCGUUUUUUUUAGGAGAAAUGCAUCUGUUAUAAGAAUCAGUCAGGGUGAGGAAUCCUGGCAGGGCUCUAAUCAGCUGUUGAUUGCUUCAUUAUCUGUGCUGUGCGCUCAGUGCUCUGAAUUUUAGCUGGACCUCUGGGUUUGAUGUUCCAAGGGCUGGAGCACCUUCUGUACCACAACAGGCUGAGAGAGUUGUGGUUGUUCACCCUGGAGAAGAGAAGACUCUGGGAAGACCUUAAAGCAGCUUCCGGCUUCAGUGUCUCAGGUGGAGAAAGAGCUGAAGGAGCUGCAGAGGGAGAAAGCAGCCAGCCUGAGGCGUUUCCAGGGAGAGGUGAAGCAGCGGGUAAACCAGCAGGUCAGGAUGCGAAGAAGGCAGCAGCUGCAGAAGUCCUACGAAGCGGCAGAGAGAGAGAGCAGCAUUGCCGUGCAGUACGCGGACUUUGCGCUGCGCUUGACCCCCAGGAAGAAUACGUGCCUGUUCCGGAGCUGCCCUGUGCCCGCCAUCUGUGGUCCCGGCGUUUGUGCCGGCCUGGCACAGCAGCAAGGGAUACCAAGUGAGCCGUUCCAGCAGCAAGCUGCCCAGCUUAGCAAAACCAUGAAGCAAGUUCGGCGCAGGCUGGCGUCUUGCAAAACCGUGCCCCAAGGGAUGGGUUCUCCCCAACUCCCCAGUGGUGUCUGGAGGCAAGAGAAACCAGAGUCUUGCAAGACUGCCACGAUGCCCGCAGCAGAUGAGAAUGAGGAACUGCUUCUCGCAGGACACCAUGAUCUUCCAGCUGAACUGCAGGACCAGGGGACAGCCCCACAUCAGGCUGAGCAAGAUGAUGACUUCUACAUCAAAAUUGAAUUUGAAAAGUUCUGCCAUGGAUCAGUGAAGGACUUGACCUCACUCGAGCCUCCCCAGCGGCCGCACACCGAUUGCCAACCUCCUCUCCUACUCUGGGAUGGUGUAGACCAAGAGGAAACCAAGAAACAGCGUCAAAAUGAGUACCUGAGGUACAGGCGCCUCUUCAUGAGCAUCGAGCGAGAGCAAGUGAGGGAACAGCAGAGGCAGAGGGAGAGGCAGAAGAGAAUCGCUGAGAUUAAGAGCAAGAAGGAAAACCAGCGCCAGGUGGAAGAGCAGAGGAUGCAGGAGAUGGCUAAGCAGCCAGAACCCACCCCGGGAGAGGGAGCCUGUGAAACCCUGUCCCAGCUUAAACUGGAGGAGAGAAGAGGGAAAAAGGCUAAGGAGAAACAGAAGCGGAAUAAGGAGUACAUGAGGUACAUUGAAGCUCUAAGAGCUCAGAUAAGGGAGAAGAUAAAACUCUGUAACAUCGACUUGCCCCCACUGUGCUCCUGUGGGUCCGAUUUCUGGGACUCCCACCCGGAUACCUGUGCUAACAACUGCAUCUUCUACAAAAAUCACAAAGCCUACAGCCACGCUCUGCAGUCCCUCAUCUCGUCCUGCGACCCCAGGGACAGGACCCCGUCAGCAAGGCUUCCCUUCCAAGACCUGGCCGUGCUCUGCGCUCGCCUGCAGCAGCCUCGGUGAGUUGGGGCAGCCGUGGUGCCCAGCCCCCUCACUUUGAGCACUGCUGGAAGUAGAGAUCCCGGCUCUGCCCGGUCCUGGCUGCUCCAUCCACGACAGCGCCUUUACGCUCCUGCUCCUUUGCUUGGGUUUGAGCUGCACCUCCCGCUCAGCUCCACGUGUGCUUGGCUGGACCAGACGCGCGGACGACAGUUGGUGCGAAGGAGCCGAUUGUGGGGCUGGUUUAGAGGUGGGUACUUCAAUUUUUAGGAAUAAACUGUUCUCAAGGAUUGUUGGUCUCGUCUGGAGUGUGAGAUGAGGAGAAAUGAGGUACAGGGGCUAACCAGCUCCUGGCAUUAGAGACCCUCCCAGUUUCUAACCUCUUGGUUAAAUCAUGGAAUCAUUAAGGUUGGAAAAAUCCAACAGUGUUGGCCCAACUUCACCAUGCCUAUUAAACCACGUCCUCAAGUGCCACAUCUACACCCUUUUUUAAACACCUCUAGGGAAGGUGGCUCUUCCUUCCCACUCCCUUUUCUCCAUUUCCCUAUGGCUGUCACCAGCUCGUGCCUCUCCAGUUGUGCUCCAGAGUUGGGUAUUUAUUGCUCCUUCCCGUUCUUCCUGGGGAGGACCUCUCCUCCACUACUAUCCACCCAGCUUCUUGCACUCCUCCAGCCUCUAUUUUGCUGUGGAAAGGAGUUUUUUUCCUAGGAAAAAUGUGUUUGCUCUGGGGGUGAGCAUGGCUCUGCUGCGCUGCCGCAGCCCCUCGGUGCGCGGAGCUGGAGCGCAAUUGUUUUUACCAAUUUGCUGCCAUGAUGCAGUGAUGCUGCUGUUCUUCUCUGUGUUUAAAAUCCACACCUUUUUUCCCUGGAGAAAUGACACGUGUGGGUAACGUGUUCCUGGAUGGAAGUCGCACCCUAGCCCAGCAUUAAUAUUUGCUGCUCUUUGGCCCUCUCCUGCCACCUCUCUAAUAUUAACCAUGGCAGGAAGGAUGGGUGGCUGAGUGUGCCGGGUGAUUUCCUUCUUCCCAUCCCGCCUGGUGCGAAGCAAACCUGUGACCCCGGUCCAGAGGUAGCAGAGGCGCUGAGCCGUGGCGAAGGAUGCUCCUCCGUUCCCCGCUCACACUGGACAAUCAUUCACGGGCUGAUUUGUGGUGGCGGGUGCUGUUUAUUAACCACUGUUUGCGUCAGGGGAAGGCACCGCAGACCUAAUCAGGGGUGUCGAGGCGGAAUCGUGCAGGGCAGGAUCCGGCCUGGGAGGUUUUUGCGUGCGGUGGGGCCGGGGAAGCAAAGGGCUAAAGCUGCAAAUGCAUUUUUGAGCUGAUUUCGGGGCAGGGCUCUGCGCUGGGGCAGAUGAGGACAAGUGUUUCCUUGGCAGGUCGCCAAGCCCUCGCUCAUGUCCUGGGGACCCCCCUUUCCACCUCUCCAAAGGGGCCGGAGUGGCUCCUGGAGGGCCUGGGAGGAACUGGUUAAAUAAAACCAUCGCUAUGCCUCAACCCUAUGGUCUGUCCCUCAGUUGACUCCAUCCCACGGUGUCCAUGGAAUCCUCUGAUGGGGGGAUUCUGCCCCUCGCUUGGCUCCAUCCCACAGUGUCCGUGGGAUCCUUGGAGAGCAGGGGAUUCUGUUCCUUGCUCUGCUCCAUCCCACAGUGUCUGUGGGGUCCUUGAACGGGGGAUUUCACCCCUCAUCUGCUCCAUCCCGUGGUGUCCACUGGGAUCCUUGGAUGGAGGAUAGUGCCCCUCAUCUGCUCCAUCCCGUGGUGUCCACUGGGAUCCUUGGAUGAAGGAUUGCGCCUCUCAUCUGCUCCAUCCCGUGGUGUCUAUUGGGAUCCUUGGAUGAAGGAUUGCGCCCCUCAUCUGCUCCAUCCCGUGGAGUCCAUUGGGAUCCUUGGAUGAAGGAUUGUGCCCCUCAUCUGCUCCAUCACUUGGGGUCCGUUGGGAUCCUUGUAUGGAGGAUUGAGCCCCUCAUCUGCUCCAUCCCUUGGGGUCCGUUGGGAUCCUUGGAUGGAGGAUUGUGCCCCUCAUCUGUUCCAUCCCGUGGAGUCCAUUGGGAUCCUUGGAUGGAGGAUUGAGCCCCUCAUCUGCUCCAUCCCUUGGGGUCCGUUGGGAUCCUUGUAUGGAGGAUUGUGCCCCUCAUCUGCUCCAUCUCGUGGGGUCCAUUGGGAUCCUUGUAUGGAGGAU